AUGGCCCAUUUUGACGCUUAUGGUCGUCCAAUGCGAGGCGAUGGAGGGCCGAAGUACGAGUAUGAGACCUAUGAUACCUACGGCUUCAACGAUUCCAACAGGCAUAUGCCUACCUAUUCAAACCCCUCAACCUCGACUAGAUAUUCUACGGAUUCUCGAAAUAUACCUUAUGCUUCCCAAAGUCUUUCAAGUGUACCGCCACAAUCACUACAACAGACCUACCCAUCAAAUAACAAUAUGGUAUCGGCAUAUGGUUCUGAUCGUGGCACCGCUGUAGAUCACGAUGCAGUAUCGCCCGAGAUAAUCGCAGCAAUCACGGAAAAGGUUAAAAGAGAACUCUUCGAACACCUUAAGCAAACAGGGACCAUUGAUGACCAACCGCGAGCCUCAUAUAUGCAACGCGAACAGUCAGAGAAAUCUAGUUCUACAAAUCAAUCACCUCCCCCUUCAGAUAACCGCAGAGUUUACACUCCUCCUUCACCGACUUCAACUACGAAACAAAGCUUUUCUCCUCCUACAGAACCUAUGAGAUCUCCUCCUGCUAGUCCAUCCUUGGAAAAACCUUCCGUUAGGUUUGAUGGCCGUGAUCGUGAUCGUGGGGAUCGUAAUCAUGGAUACAAUGACAGGCCGGCGCAGAAAGUUCACCGCACAUACUCGACCCUAGAAUUGUCUACAAUUGAUCAUAAAUGGGGACGGUUGUUUGAUAAUGAUUCUCGCCCUACGGAAAGGCUGGGUCAAUUCUUGAGAGGUCUUGCAAAUCACAUUGUCGAUGAUUUUGCGCCCAAGAAAAGCAUUGUGAUCACACCUGCAAAAAUGGCAGCAUAUUAUAACGCAUAUCCUAUCGACAAUAAAGAGAUUCAUCCAUAUGCUUCCAUUUUCAAAACUCUCUCUAACACCCAAAUCUCGAAGCUAUACCAGGAUCUUGGAUGUCAACAUCAUCUAGUCCAAGAGGAUUCUCAUUCUAGCCCUACAAUACCGGCCUUGACUCCACUUGGAUUUGCACACUGGAUGACGAUUCAAAUCUCUGCUUACCCCAGCGAAGAAUCAGAGAGACUGGGAAAAGUAGUCCUGGCUUUACCGAUUAAUGCUGAUGGGCAAAUGGUAGAUGGAAAACCGGAACGAUUACCAAAACAAAUCUCACGGCAUUUAUUACCUGACCUUGGGGACCGUGACUCGGAAAAACUGAUGAGGACUGCGAUGACUCACUUCUCCGAUGAUCUUGGUAUUCCUCACAGCAGCAGAAGCAAACCAGCAGCCUCUAGCCCACCGCUUCGUCAAACAUCACCCACCGAUCGAUCGCAAUCCCGCCCUGAUGAUAUACCUCAGCCCAGAGCCUCAUAUUCAGGACCGACUAGCAAGCCUAUUGAACGAGAACGCAUGCCUUAUGCUGGCGCCCCGUCGGUCACAUCUGAGUCAUCGAGCGUUGACGAGGGAACAGGGGUACAAAUCGAACGUGAAAGGAAGCCAUAUGCCGCUCAGCCUGGUAGUGGCAAAAUGCACACCGAAGCCUUCAAUAUCAAUCUUCCGAACAGGCCUGGUCGGGCAGACUCCACUGCUCGCGCAAAAGAACCUGAACGUGAGCGUAGUCGGUCAAGGCAUAAUCGCACGCAAAGCACUGCUAGCCAGGAUAGUUACAAGCCACCGCCACUAUCAUCUGCUAAGCGCAAUCGCAGUCCUCAAUUUAAGAGCUACAGUCAUUCUACGCCUACCAAUAUUGAUAAUGGAUCAAGUACUUAUGCGCCAUCAUCUGCGAGUUUCCCACCUAAUUUUACUCCCUCAUCAUAUGGAACCAACCAUACCUUCCCUCCGCCCCCAUCCGCUUCAGAUAUCCGCGAUUCGAGAGAUAGGAGACGAGAUGAACGGCCUCACCGCAGAGGUAUGGAAGACGAUCGUUUCUCCAAUGCCACAUAUGCAAAUGAUUUCUCAAGUCCGAGAGAUGCAGAGAAAUGGGAUAGGUUGCACGAGGGACUAGACUCGAGAAGCAGCGAUUAUGAUCGCGAUCGUCCGACCCAAUCGACGGGCUCGGGAUAUAGCGAUCGUCCGACUCAAUCAACGAGCUCGGGAUAUAGCGAUCACACAACUAGGAGCGCGUAUAUAGAACCACAAGUCGGCGCUGAUUAUGAAGAUUGGUAUCGAGGGAAUGGGAUGGAUAAAAGUGUGAGGAAUAGUACGUAUUACUGA